CACACACACACACACACACACACACACACUCACGCGCAGACUGCAGAGAAUAAUGUAGUGUAACUCGGGAUGCAUCAGCGUGUGGAGUGUGAAGCAGGUCCAGUGUGCAGAUUAAGACAGCGGAGAGUCUGAUUGAGAUUAAACGCUUCCAAAAGGACAAAGACACUAAAGGAGACGUCUACAGGAUUCAUCACACGCUCACAGCGGACAGAUGCCCAUUUUUAAGAUGUCUGAACCCAAGCAGGAUGAGCCACAAUUGACCCCUGAGGAUGACCUGUCAGACACCCCGGCCCCCAGCCGCCUACAGCCCAGUGACCUCACCCCGCCGGAGGAGACUCCGCCUCCGUCCUCCAGAGAUGGAGAAGAUGAGAAAGAUACAAAGGUCAACAUGAGCGAUACACUGAAGCGAGAGGAAGACGAGGACAAGAAGGCCGCUGAAAAACAACGAGAGUUUCUGCAGGUGCAUGCUGUAGUUCAUGAAGAAGCUGUCAUCGAUGAGGAGAACGUCUCGGAGGCAGCCGACGCAAACGCCCCUCCUUCAUCGUCCUCAUCAUCCUUCGUCAUCCCAGAGUUACGCUUGGAUCGCUCCUUCAGUGCCGACGGCCUCUCCACCCCCGGCACUGACGAAGAGUACGACGAGGAUGAUGAAGACGAGGAGGACGAGGAGGAGGAAGACAGCGACGAUAACUUUCUGGACCGGCGGGACAGCGGGAAGCGGAGGAGCAUGGUGGAGGCAACGUCCUGCGAGAAACAUGCGGGCGGUCUCAGCGUGCAGAAUUCACUGCGCAGACGCACGCACAGCGAGGGAAGUCUGCUGCAGGACCCCCGCACCACCUGCUUCACCUCUGACAACGCCAUCAACUGUAUGGAGGCGUCAGGUACGCUUCUCUCGCCUAAGACCCUGAAGAAAGAGCUGACAAAGAACGGAGGAUCCAUGCACCAGCUGUACAUGCUGUUCUCUGGCCGGAAACUGAGCGGCGCCUCCGAGUGCAGCUGUACUGUCGGUUCUGACGGCACCAAGAAGAAGACGUCCAAAAACCUGGCCAAAGACAUGAAGAACCGGCUGGCAUUCCUCAGGAGGAGGACUGAGUCUCCCGGAAGCAGCCCGUCCGGCAAACUCGACAAAACCAUGAAGUCUGCCAAGCCCACUCCCGAAGAAGCCAUCAAGUGGGGCGAAUCCUUAGACAAGCUUCUGAUGCACAAAUACGGGCUGGCCGCGUUCAGAGCUUUCCUGCGCACCGAGUUCAGCGAGGAGAAUCUGGAAUUCUGGCUGGCCUGCGAGGAUUACAAGAAAGUUAAAUCGCAGUCCAAGAUGGCAUCCAAAGCCAAGAAAAUCUUUGCAGAAUACAUCGCCAUCCAGUCAUGUAAGGAGGUGAAUCUGGAUUCGUACACUCGAGAGCACACUAAAGAGAACCUGCAGAACAUCGAUCGCUCCUGUUUCGAUCUGGCCCAGAGGAGGAUAUACGGCCUGAUGGAGAAAGACUCGUACCCUCGCUUCAUGCGCUCAGAACUCUACGUGGACUUAGUGAACCAAAAGAAGUCCAGCAGCAUGUCGACAUCCUCCUCCUCGUAAGAUGAUGGAGAGAGAGAGACAGUAGAAAGUAGCAUGGGAAAGAUUUCUUCACGUAGCGUCAUGUCCUCAUCACCCGCUCUGUCCAUUGGCGAGUCAAGAGAGGGCGGUGUUUACAAACGCAGCGACCCGACGGGGGUUAUUCUCAUUCGCAUCGCAUUUAUUUCCUCACGUACUGGAGAAAACGACACAAAGACAGUCGGGUACUGUUGUGCAUCAAGCACCGUCGGUACGGCCAGCUUCACGGACGUAUCGCAAACGUCUCAUUUUUGCGGUGUUGGGCGUAUGUACGGUGCGUGAGAAACGUCAUCUCUCUUCAUCCCGGCACAAGACAUGAAUAAACGCUGGAGAGGAACGGACCAAACCCACUGGGUCUGCACAGAGAAAACAUGCUUGGCUGCGUUCUAUAUAGCCAAUAGGCAACUCAUCGUAGCUCCACUUUAAGAUCGGAUGAGACUGUAUUCUCAGGACAUUAUGGCACUAUGAAGCUUGUUUGUUUUUGCUUUCUUUUUCUUUUAUACACAUAAGAUGUUGUUUUUAUGGACUGACGCACUCCAUUGAUUCAUAGGCCACGGGGUCAGUUAGGAUCUGUCUCCAGAUUUGUUGCUAAGACGUGCUUGACUUGUACAAAAAUGUACUUAUUUAUUUAGAAAUCUCACUUGUUGCUUUGUCCAUUGCACUCGGCCUCCGCCCCCCGCCGUGCAGCUCCGCAGUCGUCCUGGUUUAAGUGCAAUAUGUUGAAUUCUUUUUAUUCCUCCGCUUAUCUUACCGAUAAGUUUUACCGGAAAGACGAUGGAUUGAUCUCCACAUUAAUUUUAUUGACUGUAAGAGUUACGGCUGACGUAAGAAUGUGGGUCGAACGUAGACAAACCGUUUCCCUGGCAGCAGGCCGCCGGGUUAAAAGAUGUAUAUAUGAUUCUUAAAAAAAAGCAAGAAUAAAAAAGAUAAAAACACUAGGUUUUGUGUAAAUAUGUGCACCUUGGAGCUAUAUAAGGAUACGCAUCGUUAUAAAACAAAUAUCUGGAUUAGCGGGGUCACCCUUCGCAUCGGAUGCACACUGCUUGUAAGGAGUUUUAUGAGAAGUAUUUGAUCAUUUUCACUGUAUCUCCUAAGAUAGCAAGUGCGACAGAUGAUAGAGAUUUAUAAAGCCAGUGUCAUUGCAACCACAAAUAAAACAUUCGGCUGGUGAAAUGAUA